UACUGCCACGUUCGCUGCACGUUUUUCUCGAGGAUGCAGCGAAUAAUAAUUUUCACAUAGCCGGAGCGCAGAAGCAGCAGGAGCCGCCGCGAAGAAGAAAAGCCAUGGCCAAAGCUCUCCUCACCGCCGACGCCGCCCGAUCCCUCGUCGGCUCCGUCGACGCCUUCCUCUUCGAUUGCGAUGGGGUGAUUUGGAAAGGGGACGAGCUCAUCCAAGGGGUCCCCGAGACACUGGAGUUGCUGCGAAAAUUGGGCAAGAAAUUAGUUUUUGUAACAAACAACUCUAGGAAGUCGAGAAGGCAGUAUUCAAAGAAAUUCAAAACACUUGGCCUUGAAGUUACUGAGGAAGAGAUCUUCACGUCAUCAUUUGCAGCAGCCAUGUUCUUGAAGUUAAAUAAUUUUUCUCCAGAGAAGAAGGUUUAUGUUGUUGGUGAGGAUGGCAUCUUGGACGAGCUCAAGUUAGCUGGCUUUGAAUGUUUUGGUGGUCCGGAGGAUGGCAAGAAAAACAUAAUGUUGGAGGCGAACUUCUACUUUGACCACGACAAAAAUGUUGGAGCUGUCGUUGUUGGACUUGAUCAGUACUUCAACUAUUACAAAAUGCAGUAUGCAAGCUUGUGUAUUCGUGAGAAUCCAGGCUGCCUUUUCAUUGCGACCAACCGUGACCCUACUGGACAUAUGACAUCCGCCCAAGAAUGGCCAGGAGCUGGAACUAUGGUUGCUGCAGUAAGUUGCUCGGUGCAGAAAGAGCCUAUUGUUGUUGGAAAACCUUCAAGCUUUUUGAUGGACUUCCUAUUGAAAAGCUUCAAUUUGGAAACGUCGAGAAUGUGCAUGGUUGGUGACAGACUAGACACAGACAUACUAUUUGGCCAGAAUACUGGUUGCAAGACCCUCCUUGUUCUGUCAGGUGUGACUACCUUACCAGACCUUCAGGAUGCCUCAAAUACCAUCCAUCCAGAUCUUUACACAAACUCUGUGCACGAUCUCGUCAAGUUGCUGCAGCAAUAACCUUGGACUUGGUAAUUGGUACUACAGAUGCAGCUCGAGUCCUGACUACAGCACCAGCAAUAAUCUCCGGGACACUUUCUAUGUCACCUAACAAAAUUUUACGUGAACUGCGUAUUUGAUUCUGUUGGGUUAUAUAAUCUAUUCUUUGGGUAGCUUCUUGGUAGCUACCCUGGCCUGUAUUUGUAGACCACUUCAACUCAAUCUAACUACUGCCAUUUACAAGUCACACAGCAGCAUAUAUUUAUCAUGGCAUUGUUAAAACUUCAAGUGGGACAAUGGAAUCACAUGUCAGUCUUGAAAUGUAUGGAACUGAACAGUUUUGUUUCAUAAGUUUAUUCAACUGUGGCACCAAUCAUUUCAAUCUCUAA